AUGUCUCGACAGAGGCUCUUCGCCAGUGAUGAGGAGCUGGGCAAGAAGAAUGACGACCGCAGGCCUGACGGCCAUGCAGCGACUGCAGCAUGGACAGUGCGACGGCCUUCGCACAACAUAAGGAAGAGAAAGGUCUUGUACUGGCUCUGUGGUGCACUUUUUGUAUUCCUCUUCAUCAAGAACAUCCCUACCGACGUUGGGCCACAUCCACGAUGGGCUGAUACAAGGACCUAUCAAGCUCCUGUUGCUGAGGGCAAGCUUACAUCCCCGACCAGUACACCACCGAAUUCUAAAAAGCCACCGCGCCCUACAGAACCCUCAAGCGCACAGGAACACUACCACGAUGGCCCUAUCAAGUUCUGGCAAUUGGCGGCAUCCCUCCACGCAGUCGCAAAAUUGGGUGGACAGAAAGAGCUAAACAAGAAUGUCUUGUUUGCAGCAGCAAGUCUGAAAAGUGUAGCUGAGCUUUUACCCCUUGCAUGUGAAAUGAGUCAAUGGGAAAGAAACGAUGUCCACUUAGCCAUCAUGGGAAGGGACGACAUGGAGAUGCGCGACAUACUGACUAUAAAUGGAGUCUCGGAGGAGGACUGCAAUGUCCAUUGGCAUGAUGCACGUCCUGAUUUUUCAAGAUGGAGCUCAGAUUUCAGGAUGGAAAGCAGCGUCGCCGCGAGUCUAGAGCACAUCCAGACUUUCGUUCACCCUCAAGUCAUUCUAACCGAUGCUCCAAGCAGGGAAGAACAAUAUUUCGUCAAUGGUAUCAGAGGAAAAGCGCUAGACCUGUGGAAGCCCUUGAUUGAAUUGCCGCUGGACGCCAUGAAAACGUUGACGUGGAUCACCCGUCUCGAUAGCUCGUCUCUUGCGGCCUGGCCGCGGGUAUAUAUUGACAUCUUUAUACAGGCGCCUUCGGAGUCCUCAGGCUCUGUAGUACGGCUCCUCCGUUCAGUCGAGAGCGCCGAUUACUUUGGUACCAGACGUCCCCAUUUGACAAUCGAUUUGCCCGCGGAAAUCGAUCCCCCUACCUGGUCGUAUAUAGAAAACCUUGUAUGGCCGCCGACUGAUUGGUCCGGUGCGCCUCAUACUUCUCAGGUCACGUUGAGACAUCGCAUAUCUCGGAAGACGACAACGGCUGAGGAAGCCUCUGCGCGGUUUUUGGAGGCCUUCUACCCAAAAAGGACCAUGGAUUCUCACGUCGUUCUACUUUCUCCUCAAACAGAAUUAUCGCCCUUGUAUUACCACUAUCUUCUUUACACCGUCCUCGAAUACAGAUAUUCCCGCCACUCUAAAUCAAAUGAAGCUACGAAAAAUAUUAUGGGUAUCAGCCUUGACCUGCCCGCCUCCUACCUGGACGAUGAAACUCCUUUUGUAGCUCCCAUCCGCAGGGAGGGCAAGAAUAGCAGCGACGACGAACGGACACAGGAGCAGUUGCCGUUCAUGUGGCAAUCUCCUAACAGUAACGCAGCGCUGUAUUUUGGCGACAAAUGGAUGGAAUUCCACUCCUUCUUAGCCUUACGACUCACAAAAGGCCCAUCAGAUCCCUCGAAAGACUUCAGUAAAAAGCAUCCCGCCUGGCUUCAAUAUCUGUCAGAACUCAUGCGUGCCCGCGGUUAUUCCCUCCUGUAUCCGGGUGUUUUCGCCGGUGAAUUUGAACUCGCUACGGUUCAUGAUGAACUCUACAAGGUACCCGAGGAGCUCGGAAGGCAAAUUACGCCGGCAGAGUCAUAUGGGGAGCUUCCAGCACCAGAAUUGCCUCUGGAUGGAAAUGCCACGUAUUCUCGUUCUGCACCGCCCAACGUUGAGCGCCCCCUUAUUGAGUCGUCAUUAGUUUCGCUGCUUCCGAACAAAGGUGAUCUGUUAGAGACGAGCCGCAUACCACUACUUUCCUUUCAAGGUAAGUUCCUUACCUCACAAUCUUCUGGUCAGGCCGCGAUAUCACAUUCGGAUCAAUUUCGGCAAUCAACAGGCGGCUGUGACAAGACUCAUUCUGCUCCCGGACAUCAAGUUUUCAAAGCUGUAGACCUCUUUUGCGAUCCCAACCAGCCUUUUGACUAUUUCAAAACGUCAAGUCCGCCUACAUCAGAGGAAUCUCGGGCUUCCACAGAACCCCCACCGGUACAGAAUAAGCCCUGGGAUGCGGAUCAGAUUACGAAGGAGGAUGCCGAGAAUGCUAGGAAAGAAGCAUCUCACCAUCUUGAUAGGCAAGCGACGACUGAAGUGAGAGAACCUGACACGCCAGAUAAAGUCAGUGAAGCCCCGCCAAGAUCUAGUAAUAAGGGUCAGAGCAAUAAGGAUGUGGCUGGGGCAGAGAGCACGGAAAAGCUUCUGGCUACGGGCAAGGACGAAAAAAUCAGUAGUAGCAAGGGAGACGGCGAGGUUGGAGUGAGUGAGGACCAAUUCAAGAGGGGAGAAGCAAAAGUCGUUUCAAGUACUCAACCCCCAGCGCGUGAUCGAGAUAUCACAGUGGCAGAUUUGAAGCCACCAGCAAAGCCAGCUAGCGCUUUUGAGAAACAGAAGCCACAAGCGCCUAAUGAGAAUGAGGUCGAGGGUGAAGACAGGAAUCCUGGUUGGUAG